GCAUCUGGUCAACUGUCAUUCUACCAAAUAAACAAUUUUCUUCACUGUGCAUUUUAUUCCACAAUAUUUUGUGUACAUUUAUUUAAUUGUGCGAAUUUAUUCCUUAUUUGUGGAAUAUCAAUUUCCUAUUAGCUGCAGUAAUAAAAAGAAGUCAGGAAUGGCUGAUGUACGCGAUAUUUUAGACAUUGAGCGGGCCAAUACGCCUGAGGUGACCCGUGAAUCAUUUUUGGUGCAGAAGCGGCGCAACUUCGAAAAGGCUAAAGGAGUUUCCAAGCGCCCUGAGGGUAUGCACCGCGAGGUAUUCGCUUUGCUGUAUAAUGACAACAAAGAUGCUCCACCGCUGUUACCGACAGACACAGCACUUGGCAUUGGGGCCGGUUAUAAGCAAGCGAAAGCUCGUUUGGGAAUGAAAAAAGUGCGUAAGUGGGAAUGGGCCCCAUUCAAUAAUCCAGCACGCACAGACGACGCUGUUUUCCAUCAUUGGCGUCGUACCACUGACGAUCAAAAAGAUUACCCUUUCGCCAAGUUCAAUAAGCAGCUCCAAAUACCCACCUACACCAUGACAGAGUAUAACACACACUUGCGCACGAACGUACAAAAGUGGAACAAAGCACAAACAGAUCAUUUGUUCGAUUUGGCCAAACGUUUCGAUCUGCGAUUUAUCGUGAUGGCGGAUCGUUGGGAUCGUGCACAGCAUGGAGUUAAAUCGGUGGAAGAUCUAAAAGAGCGCUAUUAUGAAGUAGUAGCUCUGCUAGCCAAAGCCAAGGGGCAGAGUGGUGACAAAAAAGCUUAUGCUUUCGAUGCAGAACAUGAAAGGAAACGCAAGGACCAACUGAAAAAGCUAUUUGAGCGCACAACCCAACAAGUUGAAGAGGAGCAAAUGCUUUUGAAUGAACUGAAGAAGAUCGAAGCACGUAAGAAGGAGCGCGAACGCAAAACACAAGAUCUACAAAAGCUCAUCUCACAAGCGGAUCAGCAAAGUGAUGCCGCCACCAAUGUGCAGAGUGCACGCAAAUAUGAAAAGAAACUUGUCAAGAAGAAACUGCACCAUCAGCCGCGUCCGUCAAAGGUCGAUUCGGUGGUGAAUGCUAUAGAAAUUGGUGGUAGUGGCAUAAAGUUCUCAGAUCUGCGGGGAUCCGGUGUUUCUUUGCGUUCGCAAAAAAUGAAGCUCCCCGCAAAUAUCGGUCAGCGUAAAGUAAAGGCAUUGGAACAAGCCAUACAAGAAUUCAAAGUUGAUCCCUCACCGCCGCCAACUGAAGAAAUAUGUAAUGCAUUCAAUGAACUGCGUUCCGACAUGGUACUGUUGUGUGAAUUGAGGACUGCUUUGUCCACUUGUGUUUACGAAAUGGAAAGUUUAAAGCAUCAGUAUGAAGCAGCAUGCCCGGGAAAGACUCUAAACAUACCGCCGUCUUUGAUACCGGCCGAACCCAUUAAGGAGGAAGUAAUUGAGCCUGGUUCUUCGGGCGCCAAUACUAAUGCAUAGUAUGCUGAAGAAUCUUAAGAAAAUGCGAAAUAAAAAUAAUGGCUAGUUGGAAUUAAACCGAAAACUUUGUUUCUUCAAUGAAAAAUUAUUUGCAGCGUCUACUGUGAACGCUCUAUCGCCAAUAUUUGUCAACUCGUUAACGUUCACAAGCGCUGGCAAAUUGUAUUUAUUGCACGCCUACAAAGGAAGGUGAGAAGCGGCAAAGAUGAGUAUUGCGUUAAGAAUGGGAAAGUCAAAUAAACAAGCUUGAAACAUC